GUAGAGUCCCAAACUGCUCUCCAGAAACCGUGCAUGAAUUCCUUCUUCUGCACAUUGCCAUAUAAUUCCUUUCAGAUUCUGAGACUCCAGAAACAUGUCUUAUCAACAGCAGCAGUGCAAGCAGCCCUGCCAGCCGCCUCCUGUGGUCAUAACUCCAAAGUGCCCUGAGCCAUGCCCACCUCCAAAAUGCCCAGAGCCAUGCCCACCUCCAAAGUGUCCUGAGCCAUGCCCACCUCCACAACAGCAAUGCCCUCCUGUGCAUCCUGCCCCACCCUGCCAGCAGAAGUACCCACCCAAGAACAAGUAACACCAUCCGUAGUCCUCAGGUCAUGAAAAGGGAAGGAAAUCUGAUUCACCUCCUUCUAUGGCAGUACCUUCUUCUUCUCCUCAAAGUGUUUCAGGAGCACCGAAGGGCCUUCUUCAUCCUUCCACCUGUAAUCUGCCUCCACGGAUUCCUCUCUCCCAGCCAGAGGAACUCUCAUCUCUCCCUUGUUCCCAUCCCAUGAUGUUUUCUGAGCCUCUCUGUCACUUGGGCAGGGAUUUCUAUCACCUGAGAAAUUAUAACUAAACUUUCACAUCCAGAAUAAAGUACCGUAAUUAUUUGUGAUAGGAGAAAUAUUUUGUUUCUUCACGUUCGGCUGUACUAGCAAUAUCAUAUCAGUUUGCUUUAUUGUGUAUCUUUUUUUAAUCACAAGUUCUGCCUCUCUAAAUUGUGUUAUGUGAA